GCGAGGGCAGGCUGGCUCUUCGACCUACCCCGGAAAAGUUCAAUCUGCGUCCAACUUGGCACAACAAGGCACGGCACGGCACGGCACGGCACGUCUAAACUGACAAUGGAAACACAAAUGCCAAGAGUGACAGUAGAGAGAGGGCACUGGUCCACUUCCUUAAUGUGAGUCUAUGGAAGAAAUAAAAAGAGACGGCGACCAGCUCAGUGUGUAACUACAGCAUGAAGUAGCUUCCUGUUUCCUGCUUUCAGUCCGUCUCAUGAUCUUUGUGACCAAGUGAGGACUGUAAAACUUUUGGGCAGCUCCAACAUCAGUACAGAGAGCUCAAACUCAGAUGGAAGCAAGAAACACAACACUCACCGCCCAGCAUGGAAGUGUCGUCAGCGCACCACACUUACACAAUAUCCAUUCAGAAGGGGAUAUUACGAUCAGCACAAUCGUCCAGCUACCCGACAGGACAGACAUCAGUGAUGCUGUUUCUCCCAAAACCAAAGGAAACAUCCAAAGGUGCAAAGAUGAUCUAAAAUCUUUCCUUGAAAAUACAACAAAGAAUCUGUCUCAGGGAAAAGAGGAAGAUGGAUCAACUCCUUUAAACAAAAUCUAUACAGAGCUUUACAUCACAAAGGGAGGCAGUGGGGAGGUUAACAGUGAACAUGAAGUGGUUGAAUUAGAAUGUAAAAGAAGUUCAAGUGAGGAGACGAAAAUCCUGCUCAAUGACAUUUUUAAACCUUUAUCAAACAAAGAAAACCCUCCACAAAGAAUUCUGACAAAGGGAAUCGCUGGCAUUGGAAAAACUGUGGCUGUGCAGAAAUUCACUCAUGACUGGGCAACAGGAAAAGCCAACCAAACUAUUGACUUCAUAUUUCCAAUCUCAUUCAGAGAAUUGAAUCUAAUAACAGAUGAGCGUUGGAGUCUUAAGACGUUAAUAGGUAACUAUUUUGAAGAAGUGAAGGAUUUGUCAACGUCAGUCUACAACAGUUCAGGAGUUUUGUUCAUAUUCGACGGCCUGGACGAAAGCAAGUUACCUCUGGACUUUGACAAGAAUAAGGUGUGGCGCAACGUUACAAAGACCACAACACUAGACGUCCUGCUGACCAACUUAAUCACAGGGCAACUGCUGCACAAGGCCUCAGUCUGGAUCACAAGUAGACCAGCUGCAGCCACUAAGAUUCCUACCAAGUUCAUCAACAGGGUGACGGAGGUACGAGGCUUUGAUGAUGAGCAGAAGGAGGAGUACUUUCAGAAGACAGUUAGUGACAAGACUAUGGCUCAGAAGAUCCUCGAUCAUCUUCAGUCAAAGCCGCUGAGAAGUCUGUACAUCAUGUGCCACAUCCCAGUCUUCUGUUGGAUUUCAGCCACAACUCUCCAGAAACUCCUCACAGAAACAAAACAAAGUGAGCUGCCCAAGACUGUGACUGAAAUGUACACACACUUCCUGAUCACCCAGACAAAGCUGAAGGUUUAUCAGAAAGGUGAAACAAACAGAGAUGUGAUCAUGAAAUUAGGAAAGCUGGCAUUUAAACAGCUACAGAAGGACAACAUCAUCUUCUAUAAAAAGGACUUGAAGAGUUGUGACAUUGAUCAGAAACAAGCUGCAGUUUAUUCAGGUCUUUGCACACAGAUCAUAAGAAAAGAAUGUGGUCUUCACAAACAAGAGAUUUACUCCUUCAUACAUUUAACUGUUCAUGAGUUUCUGGCAGCGCUGUAUGUAUUAGAGACCUUCUUGAACAGCAGAGAAAAUCUGCUUCCUGGAAGGCCAAGUGUGACAGAGAUGUUGAAGAUAGGAGAACUUCCCAUCAUCCUCCUCCACAAGAGGGCAGUGGAUUUAGCUUUGGCCAACGAUCAUGGAAAAUGGGACUUGUUCCUGCGCUUCCUGCUCGGUCUGUCACAGGAUAAAAAUCAGGAGCUUCUUCAGAAAGCAUUUGGAUUCAAAGAGAGACGUCCACAGAGCAACCAGGAGACGAUCACCUACAUUCACGAGAAGAUCAAGAAACUUUCCAACGUCGACAAGAGCAUCAAUCUGUUCCACUGUUUAAAUGAGUUGGGUGACCGGUCUCUGGUAGAGCAAGUCCAAAAGUACCAGAACUCAGGAGAUGUUGGUAACUUGUUACCUGAACAUUGGUCAGCUCUGGCCUUUCACCUGCUCGCUUCUGAUGAAGACCUGGAUGUCUUUGACCUGAAGAAAUACUACGGAUCAGAUGAAGCUCUGGGGAGGCUGCUGCCAGUGCUCAAAGCAUCAAAGACAGCUUUGUAA